AUGCUCGAUUCCCGUCGCUAUCUAACAACUGUUACUAAUCCGUUACUUCAGUUUGUCGACGGCCGCCCUCCGCCGCGCCUACCGGAAGCGCUGGUGGCGAAGCUGUACCCGUACGACCGCUCCACCGAGUCGUUCCUGCAGGCGAUUGACACCGGGCAUCUGCCUGGGGACCUGCUGCACGACAUCCCCUGCAUCUACCGCAACGGAUGUGUUUCCUGCGAGGUGCGCGACUACCGCGAGCUGGCGGAGGGGCGGGGCGGCAGCAUAGCGCGGAUCCCCCCGGGGUCCUCGCCAGCAGCAGCAAUGGAGGCAGCGGGGCGGCGGGCGGGCGAGGGCCCGGUGAGGACGUGGCGUGUGGUGCUGCGACCCACGUCUGAGAGCAUUGCGAAGGACGUGGCCGCCAUGGCUGACGCCUCCUGGUCGUAUCAGGACAUGCUGGUGGGUUGGGAGUGGUGGAAAGGCGUGCUGGUGCGUGCAGAGUGGUGGAAAUGCGUGCUGGAGGUGGAGGCACGCAUGUUAAGGGCAGUGCAGUCGCCGCCGCUGUGUCUGGAUCCCAGCCCACGCGUGUCCGAGGAGGUGGAAGCACGCAUCCUGAGAGCAGUGCAGCCGCCGCUGUGUCUGGACCCCAGUCCGCGCGUGGCCGAGGUGGCGCGUCAACAGCAUUUCCACAAGGCGAAGCUGAACGCCGUGCCGCCUGCGUCGCGGCACCGCGGGCUGCUCAAGUACCGCCGCCUCGCCCUCCCCCCCGCGUGGGACCCCCUCUCGCCCCUCCGCCGCGCCGUGGCUGGGGAUGCUGUCGCGCCUGAUGAUGGCGAGGCGGAGGAGGAGGAGGAAGAGCGACGGGGUGGGAAGGGGUCUGCAAAACGAAGGCGGACUGAUGUUAUCUGCAUUGCUCCCCUCUCUGACAUCCUUCCUCCGCCCCUCUCUCGCCCUCCUCCUUUUCUUCUUGCAGAAGCAAUGGGAGGAAGUAAGGUGAAGAAGGGAAAGAAGAAAGCAAGGAAGGGGCUGGGUGAGGAUAAGACUCCCCUGCAGCAACAAAAGCUGAAGAAGAAAAAGAAGAAGGCGAAGAAGCAGAUGGGUGUGAAGGGGGGGGCGCUGCUGGGCGAUGGCACCCUUCUCUCCCCCACCCUCCCUCCAGCCCUUGCUACAGCCAUGUCAGCCGCCGCCACUGCUGCUGCCGCCACGUCCAGAGCUCUGCCUGGCUCGCUCCCAUCCGCUGUGGCGGGCCCUGCUGACGCCUUUGGCCUCUUAUCAGACGCAGCAGCAACUCCAGAGGUGGAGAUGGGUGCAGAUGAGUUCCUGCUCAUGAGUGCAGGCCUGCUGGGUGGGGCAUUCGGGGGAGCGGCUGCACCAGCAGGGACGGCUGUAGCAGGGGCAGGUGCAGCAGCAGGCGGCACAGCAGGGGUGGGUAUUGCAGCCGAGGGGGGCCUGGGGGGUGAACUGGAGCAGGGGCAGGGUGGCGCUGGGGGCGAGGACGGGGGGCUGGACGAUGCAUUGGAUGGGCGGCUGGAUGGGGGGCUAGAUGGGGGGCUGGACGGGGGGCUGGAUGGGGGAUUGGAUGGGGGGUUGGAGGAGAGUCUUGAUGGAGGGUUGGAUGCUGGGUGGGAGGAUAAGAACGAGUCGCUGGAUGAGUUUGGUGGGGCGGAUACGGGGCUGUCCCAUGCGAUGCCUGUGCCUGUGCUGCGGAAGCAGCCAGGCCCACCAGUGCCCCAACUGGCCAAGCCCGGCAUUGCUCAGCAGUCGCACCUGCCGCCGCCCACACACGGCCAGCAGCAGCCACACCCCGUGCAACCAGGUGCUCCUGACGGCGCCACUCCUGCUGUUGCUGCUGCUCGCCUGCCCAUGCCUCCUGAAGCACCGUCGCCUGCUGCUGCUGCAGGUAUGGCUGCACCUGCGGCUGUAAUGGCGCCACCCGAAGCCAAACCUCAGGUCCGACCCAGCCUGCCUAUUCAGCAGCAGCUGGCAGCAGCAGGCAUGGUGGCUACUUCUCAGGUGGCGGAUGGGGAGCAGGUGCGCAAGGCAGUGGUUGCAGCCCCACCAUCCGGCCCCCCGGGUGGCAUAGUGGUGGAGGGUGCACCUGAGGACAGGGACAAACCAAAGCCUCUUGCUGCUGUUGCAGCGGCUACAGCUGGUACCACUGCAGUUGCCGCUGCUGCUGGCUCAUCGGGGCAGCAGCAGCAGCAGCAGCAGCAGCAGAAGGUAGUUGUCGCGGCUCCAGCAGACACAAAGAGAGCGUUGGGAGCGCUGCUAUCGAUCAUCAAGAGCCACGGCUUGUAUCCGCCAGCGCCAUCGUCCCCGGAAGCCCUCCCCCCGCCCAAGCGCAGCAACCCCGACCCGGCGUUGGUGCGGCAGGCGCUGGCGGGAGGGGGGGAGGAGGCAGCGGAACCCAAGGGCAAGCGCAGCCUGCGCUUCUCACUGCUCACCGCGGGCGUCAACGUCAACGCGCCCAAGAUGCGUGGGCUUACCUUUGUUCGCCUCGACUCCAACCCACAAGGUCUUUUCCUCCUUUCCCCUCUCUUUUUCCUUUCUUCCCUCACGCUCCCCUCUGCCCUCCGCACUGCCCUCUCUGCUCGCCCACCAGGCGUGCGGCGCAUGCAGCAGCGGCUGGUGAUGAGGGGGCGGCAGAAGGACGAGUGUGUGGAGGCCAUCAUACAGGAGGGCGCCGAUGGCGACGCUGACGCUGCGGGCGCGGCAGGAGGGGCGGGCGGAUCGAGCAUCUCACUGCGCCGCGACCAGCAGCUGCCUCUCCUGCCCCACACCGUCAGCUGCCCACCCUUGCUGCUCUCCCUUUCCCACGCAGUCACACGUGCACGCACGCAAUGGACAUAUACAUGCAAUCACACAUGUGCACACAGACACAGUCACACUCACCUCAAGGAGGAGAAAUAUGUGGAUACAACCACCUGCUUGUUCCCGCCCCAGCUGGCUCUGCCUAUGUCACCUGCCUCAUCCACGCCCCCCUUACUUGUCACUGUCUCUCCCUUUCCCUCCUCGCCCGUCUUCCCAGGAGUAUGCGGAUCGAUUCGCGCGAACCUAUGUCCGAGUGGUACGUGUGUGCGCUGCACCAUGUUCCCUUCCACCAUGCUACCCUCCACCAUGCUACCCUCCACCAUGCUACCCUCCACCAUGCUACCCUCCACCAUGCUACCCUCCACCAUGCUACCCUCCACCAUGCUACCCUCCACCAUGCUACCCUCCACCAUGCUGCCCUCCACCAUGCUGCCCUCCACCAUGCCGCUCUUCCUUUUUGCUGCUCGCCCUUCCUCUCAUGGGUGA